CGGGCAGAGCGCUGCCCUUCCUGGCUCUGCUCGCGAACAACCGGGCUUACGGCGGCUCCCGGGAUGGUGGCGGCGGCGCUGACAAGCCGGGUCCAGGCUGGGCUGCUCCUGCUCCUGGUCGCCCAGGAAGCCAUGAAAACCAUAUACAGUACUAUACAGAGACAGAAAAUAAACGUGGAGACGUCUGCAGAAUGGAGUUCAGGUGUGUUGCGAGUAUGGCAUGGUACAUGUUCUUUCAGAGAAGGGGAGCCAUAAAGGAAAGGACUACUGUAUCCUCUUCAACUCUCAGUGGGCCCACUUGCCGCAUGACCUAGGAAAAGCUUCUCUCUUGCAGCUUCAGGAUCAAACAGCAUCUGUCUUGUGUUCUCCUUCUGAUGUACCAGAUGGCGGAUUUCAUAACAGAAUCCCUAUGGUGAUGCGGGGAAAUUGCACCUUUUAUGAGAAAGUCAGGCUUGCUCAGAUCAAUGGAGCCCGGGGGUUGCUGAUAGUCAGUAGAGAGAAACUGGCUCCCCCAAAAGGUAACUGGAGCCAAUAUGAAGAGAUUGAUAUUCCUGUGGCUUUGCUCAGCUACACUGACAUGUUAGAUAUUGGAAAGAGUUUUGGCAGAUCAGUGAAGGUGGCAAUGUAUGCGCCAAAUGAGCCUGUUCUUGACUAUAACAUGGUGAUUAUCUUUGUAAUGGCUGUGGGCACUGUUGCAAUUGGAGGCUAUUGGGCAGGAAGCAGGGAUGUGAAAAAGCGAUACAUGAAGCACAAACGAGAUGAUGGGGCAGAAAAACAUGAUGAUGAAACAGUUGAUGUCACUCCCAUCAUGAUCUGUGUAUUUGUGGUGAUGUGCUGCUCUAUGCUGGUCCUUCUUUAUUUCUUCUAUGACCACUUAGUCUACGUUAUUAUAGGGAUUUUCUGCCUGGCUGCCUCCAUUGGUCUCUACAGUUGUCUGUCUCCCUUUGUAAGAAGAUUCCCAUUGGGGAAGUGCAGAAUCCCUGACAACAACUUGCCAUAUUUUCACAAGCGUCCGCAGGUCCGGAUGUUGCUUCUGGCUGUGUUUUGUAUCUCUAUUAGUGUGGUUUGGGGAGUCUUCAGAAAUGAAGAUCAGUGGGCAUGGGUUUUGCAAGAUGCUCUAGGAAUCGCCUUCUGCCUUUACAUGCUGAAAACAAUCCGCCUACCUACAUUCAAGGGUUGCACCUUGCUCCUGAUGGUUCUUUUUGUGUAUGAUGUGUUCUUCGUAUUCAUCACACCUUUUCUAACAAAGACAGGGCAGAGUAUAAUGGUGGAGGUGGCUGCGGGCCCGACUGACUCUGCCACUCAUGAAAAGCUCCCCAUGGUCCUGAAGGUUCCAAGGCUGAACUUUUCACCGUUGGCUCUUUGUGACAGGCCUUUUUCCCUCCUAGGAUUUGGAGACAUCUUAGUUCCAGGCUUACUGGUAGCCUACUGCCAUAGGUUUGAUAUUCAGGUGCAAUCCUCCAGAGUCUAUUUUGUAGCCUGCACUAUAGCAUAUGGCAUUGGCCUUCUGGUGACCUUUGUAGCCUUGGCAUUGAUGCAGAUGGGUCAGCCAGCUCUGCUCUACUUGGUGCCCUGUACUCUUAUCACUAGCUUUGCUGUGGCUCUUUGGCGUAAGGAGCUUGCAAUGUUCUGGACGGGCAGCGGCUUUGCGAAAGACCUACCUCAUCCUCCCUUGGUGCUGGCUCCUGUCAGUUGCCCUAACCCCCGCAAAGAUACGAAUGCACCAGCAUCUCAACAAGAAGCAGAACAACAAAUGACCAACCCCACGCUCCAUGCAGAUGAUCGAAAUAACCCUUCCCAGUGUGCAGAGGAGCUGCCUAACUUGAAUACCAAGGAGCUGACCAAUCCCAGCAUUCGAGCAGAACAGCCACAAAUUUCCAUCCCACAAAUAGAACAACAAAACAGUCAGAACAAGAAUGAUCCUGAAAGCAAGAGCCUAACAGUAGAAAAGAACCAGCUGGAUUAGAUGAUGAAAUAGGAAAUCCUCUCUUCCCCUCCCCCCCGUCCCCCCCCAAUCACCAAACUUCCCC